UCCCAUAUCUUCACUUUCCAAAUUUUCUUUGCAGGGUUAUCUCCGGGGGCUUGGUGUAAUUUCUUUUUUUCCGCACUGCUAUUCCCAUGUGCUGGGGUAGGGUUUUUCUUUCCAAAACGGGUAUCUGGGCGACUUUACGGGCUGCUUAUCUAUUUGAUCUGUUCUCUUUGCUUUUUUUUUGUGCUUGCCAUGAACAAUGGACUUUAUGUAACCCCCAGCGAGGUUUGUUUCAACACUGGGUUUGUUAUUUUGAUCCCUUCUCCUUUUUUUUCCUUUUUUCUUUCUUACUAUGGAAUUUCCCCUCAUCUCAUCUUAUUCUUAUCCGCAUGCUGUUUUACAUGCGUUGAAUUUGUAUGUCAAAAUGAACACUAUUCUACUAUUUUAUACCAUUUCUCUCUAUGAUGA